GGGAGGGAGCUUCCCCACAUGGACGGGAGGAUGGACCGGAGAAGCCCUGUGACCGGGAGGACCUAUGGCGCUUUGCCUGGUCCUCCAAGACCUGUCAGAAGCCCCCACCGGGCAUCCGAUCCUCCCAGACCGUGCGGAGCUUUCCCAGCUGGUUGUCAGGCGGAACAAUGACGGCGGUUCAGGAGCCGGCGGUCAGUCUCCCACUCACAACCUCUUCCCUCAUUCGCUAGUCCCUGUCAACCUCCCUCCAUAGCCUCUCUGAUGAGAAGGAACUGAAGAGUGAGGGCACUGCCUUAUGUUCUACACUCUUGAACCCCAUAUCCUCUCCCCCACCCAAAAGACAGGAGCAGAAUCAGGCCAUUUGGCCUAUCGAAUCUGUUCCGCCAUUCCAUCAUAACUGAUUUAUUAUUAUUCCUCUCAAUCCCAGUUCCUGCCUUCUCCCCAUAACCUUUGACACCCUGACUAAUCAAGAACUUAUCGACCUCUGCUUUAAAUAUACUCAAUGACCUUGCAAACGCAUCUGCCUGUGACAAUGAAUUCCACAGAUUCACCACACUCUGGCUAAAGAAAUUCCUCCUCAUCUCUGUUCUAAAUGGACGUCCCCUCCGGUCUCAGACUCCCCCACUAUAGGAAACAUCCUCUCCACGUCCUCCCUAUCUAGGCUUUUCAAUAUUCAAUAGGUUUCCUCCGCAUUCUUCUAAACUCCAGUGAGUACAGGCCCAGAGCCAGCAAGCGCUCCUCAUAUGUUAACCCCUUCAAUCCUGGAAUUUUUUCUCGUAAACCUCUUUUGAACUGCCAUUAGCAACAUUUUAAAGCCAUCAGGACAAAUACGUGGGUAGGAGAGGUACAGAGGGCAACAAAGUUGAAAGUUAGCAAAGAUGGGAUGGGCUGUAGGGCUCGUUUGUGCUGUGUGACUGAGUCUAAAUUGGGUGAGAGGUGUUUGACACAGAAAGCAACAGCCUUCCCUCGGAUAUAAUGAAGCCGUGUAUGGAUCGGUCGGAUAGAAAGGUUCCCGGAAUGGCGGUGACGUCCCACAGCACAGUCCUCAACCUCAACGCCAAGGUAUGGCAGAAAGUCCAGCCCCAGCUGGACACUGUCAGCCCAUCUACGCACGAUCCCCUGGGCUCCUGGAGAGGGAGCUCGUCUUGCAUCUCUGCGCCCCACACUGAAGGCUUUGGACGCAAGGUUAUGUCACAGGGAGCAACGCCGGGGUCAAUAUCUGAGAUCCCUGCUGAGCAGAUGGGAGCCCUUGACAGAAUGGACAGCCUUCCCCCUGAAGCUGACAGAGCCCCCGAGGUUGCAGGAUGCCAAGAUCAGCUGAGCGAGGAUGCUCGCAGCACUGAGGAUCUGCGGACGUCCUUAAGGAAGCAACUUGAAUUCUGUUUUUCCCGGGAGAACCUCUCCAAGGAUCUGUACCUGGUCUCGCAGAUGGACAGCGACCACUUUCUGCCUAUCUGGACCAUCGCCAAUAUCGAUGGCGUCAAGAAACUGACCACCGACCUGGAGCUUAUCCUUGAUGUUCUGCGGUCCUCUCCGUUGGUGCAAGUGGAUGAGAAGGGCGAGAGAGCUCGUCCAAAUCAUAAGCGGUGCAUUAUCAUCCUGAGGGAGGUCCCUGAAUCUACUCCUGUGGAGGAUGUCCAAGCACUAUUCAACAGUGACAGCUGCCCGAAUGUGAUCAACUGUGAGUUCGCCCACAACAACAGCUGGUACAUCACGUUCCAGACCGACAGUGACGCCCAGCAGGCCUUUCGAUAUCUGCGUGAGGAAGUGAAGACCUUUCAGGGAAAGCCAAUCCUGGCACGGAUAAAGGCGAAACCCAUGGCCAUCAACACCUUCUUUCCAAAGAAUGGCUAUAGGGGAUUAGAGGGGGGGGUAUACCCCCUGCACGGUCAGCAAGCCUUUCCCCCCCAGCUGUAUCUGCAGCCGGUGUUCAGUACUCAGCAGCACUACCCUGUCUACAGUGCCAUGCCCCAGCCAUGGACAGCUAGCCAGCCCUACUUCGAGACACCCUUGGCUCCACUUCCCAACAGCUGUUUUGUGAACGGAUUCUCCUCGGCCAAAGGAUUCAAGUCCACCAACUCAACUCUGGGUCACGUCCGGCCCUACCACAGAAACCGCAGGUUCCAAGGAAAGUUCAGUGUGCGGAGUGGGUACCUGGAAGGGUUGAGAGGCUGCUCUAUAGCAGAGGAAGAGGUGAGCGGACUCUCCCCUCAGGCCUGUGCCAGUGAAGACAACGAAGUGGCAGACUACGAGAAGAGGGAUUCACUCCCUCGGGGAAUGACUCACAGUGUGGAAUCAGGUAUCAGAGGAAGGCGAGGUGCGUACCGUGGUCGAAAAAGAAGGGAAGAGAACAGAAUGCUGAAGACCCUGUCGACAGAAAAUCCAGCGCAGAAGGUUGACCUGGAGCUGUCUAACUUCCCCCCACUCCCGGGGUCUGUCCAUACCUCACAGGCUGAGCCACACUUACAGAACAGGAUGGCCGAUGUUGUUAAAGGCCGGAGUAAGGAUCAGUGUAAGGACUCACUAAUGAGUCCACCAGGGUCAGUCACAAAUCCAACACACGUUGCUGCGAUGCCUCAGCCAGUGGAGUCUUCCACCUGCAAUCCAAUGGCACAAUCAGAAACAGUGGACAGGUUGCCGACAGUAGAUCUCCCCGCUGCGGAGGUGGGUCCUGCUCCCCAUGCCCUGUCAGUGUCCGUCAGCUCCACAUCUGCUUUGCCCAGUGUCACUCCUCCACCUGAACCCCGGAAGUUGAGCUACGCCGAGGUGUGUCAGAAGCUGCCCCUGCCCCAGCCCCAGGCACUGAGGGAGGGGCAUGAGGGGGUAGGGGAACGUUCUGAGGGGACGGCCUCCACACUGGCGGUGGGAGCGGCUCCAGGCUGCCGCCCGCUGGACGGGCGGACAAAGGGAAGAGGUGUGGGGAGGAAGGGCUCUCUUUCCCGGGGCCCACACUCCUCCCCCAGAAACUGAGCCAGAGGGAAGGGUUGGGGUGGAGGGUGAGUCAACCCUGAGAACCACCCUCCCCUUCCAUCUCCUAAACCCACCAAAAACCUACCUGACACCUCUUCCUCUUCCCCCUCCCCACCCCUCCUGUUCCCAACCCAGAGGAUGGCAGGAAGAUACACAGAUCUGAUUGGUGGGGAGUGGGGUGCUUUGGACAAAGGUGAAGGUGGAUUAAUUGCAUUCGGAAGGGAGGGGUGUGUGUAUAUGCAAUUCUGUGGGAUCAGGGUGGGAGGGGCAUGCUGUUGGAUCAGACUAUGCUCUUUACCACCUUGUGCUCCCGGAAUUGUAAAUGCCCUCCUUCCUGCCCUUCCUCCUUGCCCUUAACAAUCCAUCCCCUUGGACACCCUCCCCACCCCCACUCCCAUUGAAACCUCUCCCCCCUCCUCCUGUUCAACAGUCUCCCUGCCCAUUGAACACCCUAUCCCCCAUGUUUAACAGUCUCCCCAUUGACAAACUGCUCCCCUUUAAACCACUACACCUCCCCAUCUCUUCCCUUUUCCCCCACCUGCCCUUCCCCAUCCCUGAGGAUUGAUAGCUCUGGGACCUCCUGGUACAUUGGGGGAGUGAUGUCUGCAAUAAAUUGGUCUGCA